GCAUGGACCAAUCAGAGAGCAGCGUGCGGGGCCAUGUGAGCGUGCUCAGUUGCUUCCCGCCCUCUGUGGGCCGAGACGUUGCUGUUGCCGUGGUGAAGCCCCUGAGAGCCGGCCUGAGAAACCCCGACACCCGCCGCCUGCUGCGCACAGACAGCCAGGUGAAGUGGACAAUGGAGGUGUUGUGUUACGGUUUGACUCUCCCAUUGGACGAAGACACCGUGCAGCUCUGCGUAGACGUCUACACUGAUUGGCUGACGGCCCUGGUUGCCCCAAGAGACUCUUUCCCUCCACCAAUCAGCAGAGAGCCCAACCUGUACACCCAGAAGAUUCUGCGACACCUUGGCGGCCUCUUCCUGUCCAGGUGGGCGGAGCCUCCUCCCGUGGCGGUGCAGCGGCGUACGUGGCUCUACGGCGAUGAAGACAGUCAGCAGGUCGGAGGAUUCGUCAAAGAGUUCGACAACAUCGCCUUCCUCACCGUCAAGUGUGAUGUCACUGUGAUGUCAGAGCGAUGGGCGGCCGGGCGAGCCGAGGCGUGUGGGACGCUCUGCAGGAUCUUCUCCUGUAAGAAGACCGCAGAGGACAUUCUGUCUGUCUACCUGUCCAGGUUCUACCUGGUCCUGCAGAGGGGGGUCCAGGUGUCGGAGGGGGCGUGUCCUCCGGUCCUCGCCUCCAUCCUGCUGAACUCCACCUGUCUGUUCUGCUGCGACCUGAAAGGAGUCAACCUGCUGUUCCCCUGCUUCCUGUUGGCUGUGGAGAGUGUGCUGCUCGACAGGAAUGUGGAGGUGAUGGAGGUGAUGGAGGAGGGCGGGCGGGCCCUCUCUUCAGUCUGUAGUUACAUCCAUUUCCUCUCCAGUCGUCUUCCUCCUCUUCACUCCAUCAUCAUCGCUGCUUUCCACUGUCUGAACAUCUGGAUUACACAGCAUCCCACCCUGCUCCACAGACAGGAGUGUCUGCUGGAGGUGCUGGAGACCUUGGACUUGGGGAUUUCAGGCAGGAAGUCUGGAAAGGAACAGGAAGUGAGAUUCAAGGAGGAGAAAGAACUAAACCCCUCCUCUCUGAGAGUGAAGGAGGCUGCGGAGGCUACGCUCAACUGUGUGAUGCAGGUUUCGGGGGCCUUUCCGUUGCUGGAUGAGGACGCUCUGAUUGGCUGCUCUCUGAGGGACGCCAGUGUGAAGAAGUUCAGAUAUUUUGUGGUGGGCAGCUCGGUGAUCCUUGCCAUGCUGGAAGGACCACCUGGGCCAGGAGGGCCAAGAGACCCGGGGCCAGGAGAACCGAGAGACCCGGGGCCAGGAGGGCCAAGAGACCCGGGAACAGGAGAACCGAGAGACCCUGGGCAAGGAGAAGCGGGACCGGGAGAACCGGGACCGGGAGAACCAGAACCAGGAGAACCGGAGCCCGAACAAGGAGAACUGGCGAGGUGUCCGUCGCUCACCGUGCUGAUCCGAGGAGCGUCAGGAAGCCAUGGGUGGAGGCUACAGCUCCGCCUGCAGCCCCGAGACGGAAGGACAGCCACACAGCAGACUCUGGUCUCAGCGCAGCGUGGAAUUCAGGAGGAUUCUGGGAUGCGAUGUGGAGUCAAACAUCAGCUGUUUCCUGACAACAUGGACAGAGUUCCUUUAGUAAAAGCAGAUCUCAGCAUUCCACUGCUGCACGACAUUGUCACUGACAAGGUGCAGCAGCCGUUGCAACGUUUGCACGCGGCGUUAAAGACGCAGCAGCUGGUCGAAGCUCAACCGCAGGUCAGUGGACGCUCUGUCGUCAUGACGCCCUGCAGGCCGCCUCCUCCAAUCAGAAGCUUCGAGACAGCGAGACUCUUCCUUUCCCACCUGGGCCUCCUCACUCCGGAGACACUGAAAAGUCCCAGCGGUGUCCUCCCUCAGCUGCUGUCUCUGGACUCGUAUCUUCCGGGUUUCUUGGACGAUCUGAAGCGAUUGGACAAGCUUCCAUCCAGAGACUGUGACUCCGCCUCCGUCUUUUACGUCAGAGCAGGACAAAGGACAGCUGCUGAGAUCCUGAGGAACGUGGAGUCCAGCUGCAGCGUCCCGUCUCACUUCCUGGACUUCCUGUCGUCUCUCGGUUGGCCGGUGGAGGUGGGACAGCGACAGGGGGGCGGAGUCAGCACCAACAGCUUAGAAUUCCUUGCUGUUCUGGGGGACAGCGGCGGUGGCGUGUUUGACGGCGAGAAGUUCGUCCUAAUGUUCGCCAACGCCCUGACGGAGGUGACCUUCAUCGUCCCCCCGCUGCCCCGCAACGCCCUGACAGAGGUGACCUUCACCGCCCCCCCGCCGCCACACGGUCAGUCUCUGAUGAUCUAA